GCACGUGCUCAUGCAGAGGAGAGGCUUCUGAAAUCUCUAUUCACCCGAUACAACAAGCUAUCCCGCCCCGUAGCCAACAUCUCAGACGUCGUGUUGGUCCACUUUGGUCUGUCCAUAGCCCAACUCAUUGAUGUGGAUGAGAAAAACCAGAUGAUGACCACCAACGUAUGGGUGAAACAAGAAUGGAAUGACUACAAGCUCCGCUGGAACCCAGAGGAGUACGAAAAUGUCACGUCCAUACGAAUCCCAUCAGAGAUCAUCUGGAGACCUGACAUUGUACUUUAUAACAACGCUGAUGGUGACUUUGCAGUCACCCAUCUAACGAAAGCUCAGCUAUUCUAUGAUGGCAGAAUCAAGUGGAUGCCUCCUGCAAUCUACAAGAGUUCCUGCAGCAUCGAUGUCACAUUCUUCCCUUUCGACCAGCAGAACUGCACCAUGAAAUUCGGCUCCUGGACAUAUGAUCGUGCCAAAAUAGACCUAGUGAGCAUGGGCAGCCAAGUGGAUCAGAUGGACUACUGGGAGAGUGGAGAGUGGAUCAUCGUAAAAGCAGUAGGAACUUACAACACCAAGAAGUACGAGUGCUGCACAGAGAUCUAUCCUGACAUCACUUACUCCUUCAUCAUCCGCCGUCUUCCUCUUUUCUACACCAUUAACCUCAUCAUUCCCUGUUUGCUUAUUUCCUGUCUGACGGUGCUGGUUUUCUACCUUCCAUCCGACUGUGGUGAAAAGAUCACACUCUGUAUAUCUGUACUUCUCUCCCUCACCGUCUUUCUCUUGCUUAUCACCGAAAUCAUCCCGUCCACCUCGCUGGUCAUCCCACUCAUUGGCGAGUAUCUGCUCUUUACCAUGAUCUUCGUCACCCUCUCCAUCAUCAUCACCGUGUUUGUGUUGAACGUCCAUCACCGUUCACCCCGAACCCACAGCAUGCCUCACUGGGUCCGUCAGGUGUUCCUCCACCUGGUUCCUCGCUACCUGUUCAUGAAACGCCCACCCGCCACAGGAAAGAGGAACUGUAAGAAACUCAUUGAGAUGAUUCACAGGACCACAGAUGUCUCCCACUCCGUUUUGCCUGGAAACACCUUCUUGAGUUUUCAUCCAGACAGUCCCCAAAUCCUGGCACCAUCAGCCCUUCCAUUAUCUUCAGGCCUUCUGCCAGAAGAACCAGUCUCUAAGGGCCAGCUGUUCAGUAAAUCACCUAACAGCCAAUACUCCAUCCUCCAGGAGGAUUCAGCCCAGCUGGGCCUUACGACAGGCACCUCCUCUGCAGCCUCUAGUCCUUCCACCUGCCCCACCACACCUCUUGGCCCUCAGCUUCAUCACCUCCCUGCCUGCAGAGUUAAAUCUGAGACCAUCCCUCUUAAGGCAAGCCACAACAGUGUUGAAAGUGUUUUUACAGAUGGGAAAGGUUCACAGCACUGUCACCUGCAUGGCUGCUCGGGCUUGCAGAAACAUAGUCCCGUAGAAGAUGGAAAUGAUGGCCAAGGGUUGUGCAAGAGGCACAUGCUGUCGGAUCCACAAACUUCAAGCUCCAGCAGUUCUUCUUGUAAAGGGCCAACAACCCAGGACCUGGUCAGUACAGUGUCCCCAUCUUUGCAACUUGCCAUUGAAGGGGUUCAAUACAUUGCUGAUCAUCUUAGAGCUGAAGACACUGAUUUCUCAGUGAGAGAAGACUGGAAAUAUGUCGCCAUGGUGAUAGACAGGAUAUUCCUCUGGAUGUUUGUACUGGUGUGCAUUCUGGGAACCGUUGGACUAUUCCUUCCACCUUGGUUGGCUGGAAUGAUCUAG